AUGUCUCGAAAACCGUACCCCACCCCCUUGGUCGUACCGCCACAAAGUGAAGAGCACACACAUACGAUUAUUUCACUUCAUGGAAGAGGCAGCAACGCUAAGCGAUUUGGCCAUGAGCUCCUUACGUCGGCAAACCUACAACAUCGACUUCCCACAGUGAAAUUCGUUUUUCCCACUGCGCGUAGGCGCCGGUCAACUGUACUCAAAAAAAUCCCAAUUCAUCAGUGGUACGACAAUUAUUCCCUCGAAGACCCUGGACAAAGAACAGACCUUCAGGUGGAGGGGCUCUGCGAGACCGCUGAAAUCAUUCGCGGCUUAGUCACCGAAGAGGCCCAGAUUCUAGGCGAAAAUCAUUCAAAAAUCAUCCUUUGGGGGCUGAGUCAAGGCUGUGCUGCGGGGAUCUUCACCCUUUUGGGAGGCUGGGCCGACAUUUGUGAGGCACACUCACUCGGAGCAUUUAUUGGGAUGAGUGGAUGGCUGCCAUUUGAACACCAAUUCCGCGAAAUUCUCCGAUCCGACAAAGAUCUAGUCUCGGCUAGAGGCAAAAAUCAGGAAAUGCAGUCGGAAAACUCAUGCGAGGAAAGUGAAAGUGAUGGAGAGUCAGAAGCAGAUGCAUAUUCCGAACAAAGCUCCGACAAUAAUGUAGAGGAAAGCGGCCCAACCUGUGACUUCAAUUCCUUUGAGAUUGAAGACAGCCCACGUGAUGACUUCAAUCCAUUUGAGGACAAGGAAGAAGCUCCGUUAAUCAUCCAGGCUAUCAACCAAUUCGUGAUAUUCUUGCUCUUCCCAUAA